GACAAUCUGGCGGAAGGCAGCGUUCAGGCGGAAAAGCUCUCCCCAGGAGCGGAGGGGUCCUCGUUUUGUUUUCUGCAGCCCGGAUCUAAAGCCAAGCGAAGCCCUUCUCUGGUCCCGUCGCCAUCCUGCUCUGCAAUCGCCCUCCUCCGCUCGUAACCAGCACUGCUUCUUCUCUUGAGCGGGCAUCUUUCAGGGUCCUUCGGCUGUGUUGCACAGCCCACAUGGUUUUGCACGUGGGCUCCAAGAGUUUCAUAGCCAACCGGAUCCCCUUCGGGUGUAGACUGGAGUGAGAAGGGUGAGAAGUUGGGAACGGAGCUGUCACAGAAAAUGCAGCGCAAGAAAGUGGAUAAUCGUCUUCGGAUCCAAAUCGAGAAUGGAGUGGCUGAGCGGCAUAGGACGCUGUUUGUUAUAGUGGGGGACCGUGGCAAAGAUCAGGUGGUCAUACUUCAUCAUAUGUUGUCUAAAGCAGCUGUAAAGGCUAGACCCACAGUGUUGUGGUGUUACAAGAAAGAGCUGGGCUUUAGCAGCCACCGUAAAAAAAGAAUGAGACAGUUGCAGAAGAAAAUUAAAACUGGAAUGUUAGAUCUAAAGCAAGAUGACCCCUUUGAGUUGUUUGUAGCAGCCACAAACAUUCGGUAUUGUUACUACAAUGAGACACACAAAAUUCUUGGGAAUACUUUUGGCAUGUGUGUACUCCAGGACUUUGAAGCCUUGACUCCAAAUCUCCUAGCUCGAACAAUUGAAACUGUGGAAGGGGGAGGCAUUAUUGCAAUUCUUCUGAGAACAAUGAAUUCCCUGAAGCAGCUUUACACAAUGACCAUGGAUGUCCACUCCCGCUAUAGAACAGAGGCGCAUCAGGAUGUGGUUGGCAGAUUUAAUGAAAGGUUCAUUCUGUCUCUGGCCUCUUGCAAAACCUGCAUAGUUGUUGAUGAUCAGCUGAAUAUCCUCCCAAUCUCUAGUCACGUUGCAAACAUUUCAGCUAUUCCACCCCGGUCACAGGAAGAGAGCCAAAGCCCUCAUGAUGUGGAACUGAAGGAGUUAAAGGAGAGCUUACAGGACACGCAGCCGGUUGGCACCUUGGUUGAUACUUGUAAAACACUGGAUCAGGCGAAAGCAGUCCUGAAGUUCAUUGAAGCCAUUUCUGAGAAGACCCUCAGAAGCACUGUGGCUUUAACAGCUGCCAGGGGCCGUGGGAAAUCAGCGGCUUUGGGAUUGGCAAUAGCUGGAGCAGUGGCUUUUGGCUAUUCCAACAUUUUUGUCACAUCUCCAAGUCCAGAUAAUCUUCACACCCUGUUUGAAUUUGUAUUUAAAGGCUUUGAUGCUCUACAGUACCAGGAACAUCUGGAUUAUGAGAUUAUUCAGUCCCUCAACCCUGAAUUCAGCAAAGCCGUUGUCAGAGUCAAUGUGUUCCGAGAACAUCGACAGACGAUCCAGUAUAUCCACCCCGCAGAUGCUGUGAAAUUGGGGCAGGCUGAACUUGUGGUGAUCGAUGAAGCUGCUGCCAUUCCCCUUCCUUUGGUGAAAAACCUGUUGGGUCCUUAUCUGGUCUUCAUGGCUUCUACAAUCAAUGGAUAUGAAGGCACCGGCCGAUCCUUGUCAUUGAAACUGAUCCAGCAGUUACGACAGGAGAGUGCACAGGCCCAAGCCAGUGUAACUGCAGAGAACAAAACAACAACUACAGCUAAACUCUCCUCAGCCCGUACAUUGCAUGAAGUUUCCCUUCAAGAAUCCAUUAGAUAUGCUCCAGGAGAUCCUGUUGAAAAGUGGCUGAAUGACUUGCUAUGCUUGGACUGUCUCAACAUCACAAGAAUAAUAUCUGGUUGCCCAUUGCCUGAAACCUGUGAUUUAUACUAUGUGAACAGAGACACUCUGUUCUGUUAUCAUAGAGCAUCAGAAACUUUUCUUCAGAGAUUAAUGGCCCUGUAUGUGGCUUCUCACUACAAGAAUUCUCCUAAUGACCUCCAGAUGCUUUCAGAUGCUCCAGCCCAUCAUCUCUUCUGCCUUUUGCCACCAGUCCCACCUACUCAGAAUUCCUUGCCAGAAGUGCUUGCUGUUGUUCAGGUAUGUUUGGAGGGCGAGAUCUCACGACAGUCUAUUAUGAACAGCCUGUCUAGAGGGAAGAAAGCCUCAGGAGAUCUCAUUCCAUGGAAUAUCUCAGAGCAGUUCCAAGAUCCUGAUUUUGGGAGCCUCUCUGGUGCAAGAAUUGUUCGCAUUGCAGUCCACCCUGAUUACCAAGCGAUGGGUUAUGGUAGCCGAGCUUUGCGUUUGCUCCAGAUGUAUUUUGAAGGCAAAUUUCCUUGUUUGGAAGAAAAGGUUAUUCAGAAGCCAAGAGAAAUUGCUACUGUGAGCAGCGAGGCUGUCAGCUUAUUAGAAGAAGCUGUGAUGCCUCGGAAGGAUUUGCCACCUCUGCUUCUCAAGCUGAGUGAGAGACAAGCUGAGAAUCUGGACUACCUUGGGGUGUCUUAUGGCUUGACACCAAGGCUUCUCAAAUUUUGGAAGCGGGGUGGAUUUGUGCCAGUCUAUUUGAGGCAGACUCCAAAUGAUCUGACUGGGGAACACUCAUGCAUUAUGCUGAAGAUGCUGAAUGAAGAAGAAGAGAACACAGAGGAGAGCUGGCUCACUGCUUUUUGGAAAGAUUUCAGGAGGAGAUUUUUGUCUCUCUUGUCUUACCAGUUCAGCACUUUCUCCCCAUCAUUAGCUUUGAACAUAUUGCAAAACAGGAAUGUCAAGCAACAAUCACAAUCCUCUCUCAGCCGUAAUGAGCUAGAAGCUGUCUUCAUCCCUUAUGACCUGAAGAGACUGGAGAUGUACUCAAGAAACAUGGUGGACUAUCACUUGAUCAUGGACAUGAUCCCAAGUAUUUCUAGGAUGUAUUUUCUCAACCAGUUUGGAGAUAUGACUCUUUCUGCUACACAAUCUGCUCUUCUUCUUGGAAUUGGUCUCCAGCACAAAUCUUUGGACCAGUUGGAGAAAGAGAUAGGACUACCUAGUAGCCAGCUAAUGGGCCUCUUCAAUAGGACCAUCCGCAAAGUUGUUCAGUUGUUCAACAGUAUCCAGGAGAAGGCUGUUGCGGAGCAAAUGGCAGUAAUGAAAGAAGUUGUAAUGGAACCAACCCUGAAAUCUUUAAAUGAAGAUUUGGAGGAAGCAGCUAAAGAAUUUCAGGAGAAACAUAAGAAUGAUAUUGGCAAGCUGAAAGACCUGGACCUUUCACAAUACGUAAUCCGGGGGGAUGAUGAAGAAUGGAACGAGGUGCUGAGUAAAGCAGGACAGAAUGCAUCUGUGGUCAGCCUGAAGAGUGACAAGAAGAGAAAAUCAGAAGUCACCGUAGGACCAAGACAGGAGAAGAAAUUUAAGAAAACAAACCCAAGGCUGAAGUUGAAGAAAUGAUUAAAAAGAAGGG